ACAAACAACGAACAAGAUCUGCAGAUCACAUUCAAAUGGCUUCAAUUGGGAUUCAGAUGGGACUAGUCCUCCUUGCUGUGGUGGCCAGUCUUUGGACCGGAGCCACAGCUCAAUCAGGCUGCACCAAUGCGCUCAUUGGCAUGGCUCCAUGCCUCAACUAUGUCACCGGGAGCUCCCCAACCCCGUCUUCUUCGUGUUGUAAGCAGCUGGCAAGUGUCGUCCAGUCGCAGCCACAGUGCCUCUGCUCGGCCCUGAAUGGCGGGGGCUCGGCAUUGGGUGUCAACAUCAACCGGACUCUAGCUCUCGCGCUGCCGGGUGCAUGUAAAGUGCAGACUCCAUCAGUCACCAAGUGUGAUGCUGCCAAUGGACCUGCAGCAUCGCCGGCAGGAUCUCCAGAAACCAUGCCGGAAGAAUCCUCGAGUGAAUCCCCUGAUUCUCCGGCUGGCAUGGCAGUAUCAGGAUCAAAGACAGUUCCAUCGACCGGUGGCCCCGCCUCUGACGGCAGCGCAAUGAAGAUCCCUCUUCAGCUCAUCGCUCUGCUUCUGUUCAUGGCUCCAAUCUCAGCCAGCUUCUGAGUAUUCCAGGCGGCACCAUGAAGAUCUGGAGACCUUUUAUCAGUGAAAACUAUUCAAUACAGUAUUGGUUGUUGUAAUGCCUGCUUUAUACCAUGUCCUUUUGCAAGUUAUCAUAUAAAGGGAGUUUGAUAUAACACCCAAGUGAAGUCCUGUGUUCUGGUCUGGUCUGUCUUGUUAGUUGUUUCCUCUUUCCAUCACUGUGUUAUUGUAAACUUUGGUUUAUUUAUUGGUAAUGAGCUAAGUUAUGUAUUGUGUGUAGAA